GAAUGAUCCAAACGUCACCCUUUUCUCAUCUCUGUGUUUCUUACCCCCGCAAAACAGAAAUCGAAUCGGAGUUCGAGGUGGGUCGCUCUGAAAUUUGGAGAUAGAGAAAGAAAUAAGCAAUUGAAGUUUGCACAGAUAGAGAGAGAGAGAGAGAGAGAGAGAGGUCAAAAGGGGCGAGGUUGAUCUUGAAAAGGCUAUACGGUUUAGGGCUUUUGGGAUUUCGUCUUGGUUUUGAGGAAUUAAGAUGGUGGUGAGGUGGUGAUGCAUGGGGAGUAGAAGAGGGAGGGCUGGUGCAGAAGAUGAUAAGGAAGCGGCAGGCGGGAUGCCGAGCUUCAAUCCUCAAUUACCUGCUUCUCAUGCAGUUGGCACAGAAGGAAAUAACACCCCUUUUUCUCGAGUUUCUGACUUCGGGGCACUGGCUAAUUCAGUUGGGUUUCGCAUAGGGGAUGCUGUUAGCCUCGGCAGAAAUCCUGUGUUCAAUCCAACAAAGUCAACUGGACAGGCUACUACAUUGGAUCCUUUACAAUUUGGCACUUUUACUAAGUCUCUUGUUUCCUCUGAUAUAACCCCACCUGCUGCUAGAGCUGCGCCUCAGAGGUUUCAUUCACAAAAGGGACAACCGAAUCUGGGAUCUGUAUCUAGUGGUCAUUUUGAGAACUGGGGAGAGUCCGCAAUGGCGGAUGCCAGUCCUCGGACUGAUACUUCGACAGACGUGGAUACCGAUGAUAAGAAUCAAAUGAUUGAAGGUCAGUCUAAUGCUCUAGCAGCUUCUGAUUCCAGUGACAAGUCAAAGGAGAGAGGAGGGGAUCAGAAGACACUUCGGAGGUUAGCGCAGAAUCGUGAAGCUGCAAGAAAAAGUCGGCUGAGGAAGAAAGCAUAUGUCCAACAAUUAGAGAGUAGCAGACUGAAACUGACUCAACUUGAGCAGGAGCUUCAGAGAGCUCGUCAGCAGGGAAUUUUUAUUUCAAGUUCUGGAGACCAAUCUCAUUCCAUGAGUGGAAAUGGGGCCUUGGCAUUUGACAUAGAGUAUGCACGGUGGCUAGAAGAACAAAACAGGCAAAUCAAUGAGCUGAGAGCAGCUGUUAACUCCCAUGCAAGUGACAAUGAACUCCGUGUCAUUGUAGAUGGCAUAAUGGCACACUAUGAUGAUAUUUUCAGACAUAAGGGCACUGCCGCAAAGGCCGAUGUUUUUCACAUGCUGUCAGGAAUGUGGAAGACGCCUGCAGAGAGGUGUUUUCUCUGGAUUGGUGGUUUCCGCUCAUCCGAACUGCUGAAGCUUCUUGUUAAUCAAUUGGAGCCUUUAACUGAGCAACAAUUGGUUGGCAUCUGCAAUUUGCAAGAGUCAUCCCAGCAGGCUGAGGAUGCCCUUUCUCAAGGGAUGGAAGCAUUGCAGCAAUCCCUAGCUGAGACAUUGGCAAGUGGAUCUCUUGGCCCCUCUGGGUCAUCUGGAAAUGUGGCGAACUAUAUGGGACAGAUGGCUAUGGCCAUGGGAAAGCUGGGUACCCUUGAGAGCUUCCUUUGCCAGGCUGACAAUCUACGGCAACAAACCCUUCAACAAAUGCACCGAAUACUAACAACUCGCCAAUCAGCACGUGCACUACUAGCCAUACAUGAUUAUUUCUCGCGGCUUCGUGCUCUUAGUUCUCUAUGGCUGGCCCGUCCACGGGAGUGAAAAAGCUGUGUAGCCACUCUGAAACUGUACCAGAAAAGUCGACAAGGUUCUCCUGGAGGGAGUUGGUGCCGUGCAUUGUGGGUUCCAACACGCCUUGUUGAACACGGUCAAUACCUGGUUUGUCAUUGUCAGUAAUCUUGGUUGGCCUGCUGUUGGACUCUUGCCAUAUUGGGAGCCAGUGGUUCAGUGAUCACCCAUUUCUGUAUCUCUCACCACUCCCAGAUUGUCUUAAUUGUCGAUUAGGUCCCAAGGUCCUGUAUGUUAAUUCUCAUGUUUGGAACAUUAGUGGAAAUAAUCAGCAUGUGUUGCUUGUUUAUUAAUGUAAUCAAUUUGCUUUUACAACCAAGAUUGCUGAAUUUUGUGUAAAGGGGACACAUUAAUUUG